CCCGGUAGGCGGCGCGGGAGGAGAGAGAAGUUUGAGGGGCCGUGCCGGGCGGAUCCCCUCCUCUCCAAAUGUGAGCGGUUUCUGAACCCCUGUCCGGCGAGGGCUGCCCAGAGAGGUGGAGCCGGUGGACAGGCCGGGAACAUGAGGCAGUGUCUCCUCUUCCUGACCAGCUUGGUUCCUUUCGUGCUGGCACCGCGACCUCCGGACGACCCGGGCUCUGGCUCCCACCGGCGACUCGAGAAGCUUGAUUCUUUGCUCUCAGACUAUGAUAUCCUCUCCUUAUCCAAUAUCCAGCAGCACUCGGUAAGAAAAAGGGAUCUACAGGCCUCGACACAUUUAGAAACACUACUAACUUUUUCAGCUUUGAAAAGGUAAUUUGAAUUAGGUGAGCCUGACUCUAGAGUUCUAGCCCAUAUAGGAGAUGAUGAUGUUACAAUAAGAAUCAACACAGAUGGGGGAGAAUAUAAUAUAGAGCCACUUUGGAGAUUUAUUAAUGAUACCAAAGACAAAAGGAUGUUAGUUUAUAAAUCUGAAGAUAUCAAGAAUGUUUCACGUUUGGAGUCUCCAAAAGUGUGUGGUUAUUUAAAAGUGGAUAAUGAAGAGUUGAUUCCAAAAGGCCUAGUAGACAGAGAGCCCUCUAAAGAGCUUGUUCAUCGGGUGAAGAGAAGAGCUGAUCCCAAUCCCAUGAAGAACACAUGUAAAUUGUUGGUGGUGGCAGAUCAUCGCUUUUAUAAAUACAUGGGCAGAGGGGAAGAGAGUACAACUACAAAUUACUUAAUAGAGCUAAUUGAUAGAGUUGAUGACAUCUAUCGGAACACUUCAUGGGACAAUGCAGGUUUUAAAGGCUAUGGAAUACAGAUAGAGCAGAUUCAUAUUCUCAAGUCUCCACAAGAACAAUUUAGCUUUGAUAUAGCUGAGGAAGCAUCUAAAGUCUGCCUGGCACAUCUUUUCACAUACCAAGAUUUUGAUAUGGGAACUCUUGGAUUAGCUUAUGUUGGUUCUCCCAGAGCAAACAGUCAUGGAGGUGUUUGCCCAAAGGCUUAUUAUAGUCCAGUUGGGAAGAAAAAUAUCUAUUUGAAUAGUGGUUUGACCAGCACAAAGAAUUAUGGUAAAACCAUCCUUACCAAGGAAGCUGACCUGGUUACAACCCAUGAAUUGGGACACAAUUUUGGAGCAGAACAUGAUCCAGAUGGUCUAGCGGAAUGUGCCCCAAAUGAGGAUCAGGGUGGAAAAUAUGUCAUGUAUCCCAUAGCUGUGAGUGGUGAUCAUGAGAACAAUAAGAUGUUUUCAAACUGCAGUAAACAGUCAAUCUAUAAGACCAUCGAAAGUAAGGCCCAGGAGUGUUUUCAAGAACGCAGCAACAAGGUGUGCGGGAAUUCGAGGGUGGAUGAAGGCGAGGAGUGUGAUCCCGGCAUCAUGUACCUGAACAAUGACUCCUGCUGCAACAGUGACUGCACUCUGAGGGAGGGCGUGCAGUGCAGUGAUAGGAACAGUCCUUGCUGUAAAAACUGUCAGUUUGAGACUGCCCAGAAGAAGUGCCAGGAGGCUAUUAAUGCGACCUGCAAAGGCGUGUCUUACUGCACAGGUAACAGCAGUGAGUGUCCCCCUCCAGGAAAUGCUGACGAUGACACAGUUUGCUUGGAUCUGGGGAAGUGUAAGGAUGGGAAGUGCAUCCCAUUCUGUGAGAGGGAGCAGCAGCUGGAGUCCUGUGCGUGUAAUGAGACAGACAACUCGUGCAAGGUGUGCUGCAGAGACCUUUCUGGCCGGUGUGUGCCCUACGUUGAUGCUGAACAGAAGAACUUAUUUUUGAGGAAAGGAAAGCCCUGUACAGUAGGAUUUUGUGACAUGAAUGGCAAAUGUGAGAAACGAGUACAGGAUGUCAUUGAGCGAUUUUGGGACUUCAUUGAUCAGCUGAGCAUCAAUACUUUUGGGAAGUUUUUAGCAGACAACAUCGUAGGGUCCGUCCUGGUUUUCUCCUUGAUAUUUUGGAUUCCUUUCAGCAUUCUUGUCCAUUGUGUGGAUAAGAAAUUGGAUAAGCAAUAUGAAUCUCUGUCACUCUUCCACCCCAGUAAUGUUGAAAUGCUGAGCAGCAUGGAUUCAGCAUCAGUUCGAGUUCUCAAACCACUUCCUGCGCCCCAGACUCCAGGCCGCCUACAGGCCUCCCCUGUGAUCCCAGUGGUAGCUGUGGCUCCAAAGUUGGACCACCAGAGAAUGGAUACCAUUCAGGAGGACCCCAGCACAGACUCACAUGUGGACGAGGAUGGUUUUGAGAAGGACCCCUUCCCAAAUAGCAGCACAGCUGCCAAAUCAUUUGAAGAUCUCACAGACCAUCCAAUCACCAGAAGUGAAAAGGCCACCUCCUUUAAACUACAGCGUCAGAAUCGUGUUGACAGCAAAGAGACAGAGUGCUAGUUUAGGGCUCCAUAUUCUAGGCUCUUUUGACUUAGGUGCAAAAUAUUUUUAUAGAUUUUGACCUAAAAUCACAGCAUAUGUUUAGUGGAGAUUUGAAGAAAUGAGGAAGUGACUAACAGCAGAUGCUGGUCAUGUGUUUGAACUUCCUGCAUGUAAAUAACACUGUGUGGCGAGGCCCUUUCCUUUGAAGAGGUGAGGUGAAUCCAGCUUAUGUUGAGGCUUUCAGGUUUUGUUUUUUGUGAACUUUAAAAUAUCUUUUGACCUGUGGUGGAAAAGCAGACAAUACAGGUGGAUUAGGCUAUAAAUAUUUACGUUUUUGUAAAUUAACCUUUUAUAUUAACAGCACUGAUUAGGGAGAUGAUCAGUUUUUCUUUUGUAUACACUGUAACUGAUCCGCUGAGUAUAUAAUGAGGCACUUAGCAGUUAUUUGUGAGGACAACUGGAACACAGAUUUAUUUAUUUGUCUUCAAGUAGAGACAAAGGGUGAGAUAAACCCAGUUAUACAUUAUCUCUAAAAAGUAGGUCUUUUUUCUGGGUAUUUCCCAGAGCUUUUACUAUAUGUCUAAAGGUAGAAAUCACGUGGGUUAAUAUGUCUCAUCCUUCUUCUGAAGCUAAUACUUUCUAGAAUUAAAACAAUCUAACUUGAGGUGAGGGUUGCAAAUAGAAUCCCACCAACUGUUUUUAGAACCUUAAUUUCCUGGUUAGUUUUUCCAUGUUUUAUAAAUAUGUUCAUGUCUCCCUAAUACUGUUACCAUGCUUUUAAAAAAUUCACUGUCCACAAAGCCCGAACUACUUCCAAAUAUAAUUAGAAGGAGCAUGGUUGCCUGUUUUCAAACACAAGGGGUUCAGUAUUUCUUACCAGAGAUGAGGUGGUUGACUAGGCAGAGGGGUGACGAGUCAGCAGGGGAGGAAAUUCUCCUGCCCUGGUGAGGCCUGCUCCUCUUAGAAGAGACGCCCUAGAAGCCCUUGUCAGUGACCCACACUGGAUAUUUGACUGACUUCUUGCUUUAGUGCUUCUGGAUUCUAAGAUGAUCUGCAUUUACCAUGAAGGGUAAAAGUCAUUACUCUGAUUUCUGUUUUCCGUAAAAUUAGUUCAAAAUUUUACAUCCCCAGAACUGAAGUGUCCUCACCAGGCAUCACGUUUUAACUGAGAUACCUUGUAAACUUUGAGGACAAUUAACCAAACCUGUGACAAAUCAUGCCUUUCCCCUCUCCAAGGAUGCUUCUUACACAGGUAACUUGUUACACUAAUACUUGAACUUUGUGCCUUAUGGUAUUCGCUAUCUUUUAACCAGAUACAAUACUCUUACAUUUUAGUUACACUUUCAGAAUUUGAUACAAGGUGAAUGGGGUGUGUGGGUGUAUGUAUGAGUGAAACAGUUCUCAUCAGAAUGUAAAAAAACAUUUUUAUAAAAUUGUGACUUUUUAAAAAAAUAAUUGUCUUACCUUUUUGCCAUAUAUAGAAUUUAUAAGCUGCUCAGGGUAUAUCUUAUAGCCAUGGCACUAAUAACAUCUACACCAAGCAAUAAAUAUUUACUAUCAAAACACAGUGUAUAUAAGUACAAAA